GGAUUCUAAGAGCGGCGGCUGCCCCCGGCCCCACCCGGAGCCAUCGGGGGUGCCAGGCGGGGACGCAGCGCCCCCUCCCACCGGAGUGCAAGGGGCCGCCCCCGGCCGGAGCCUGGCCCCGGAGCGUGGGGUAUGCGCAGCUAACGGUCCCGUCGGGCGGGCUUUCCUCUGGCGGAGCGCGCAGGCGGUGCGCCCCAGCUAUGGAGUGUCCGGGGAGACGGCGGGCAUGACGGCGGCAGGAUGGGCGCGAACAAUGGCAAACAGUACGGCAGUGAGGGCAAAGGCAGCUCAAGCAUCUCAUCCGACGUGAGUUCAAGUACAGAUCACACGCCGACCCAAGCCCAGAAGAAUGUGGCUACCAGUGAAGACUCCGACCUGAGCAUGCGCACCCUGAGCACGCCCAGCCCGGCCCUGAUAUGUCCACCGACCCUGCCCGGAUUUCAGAAUGGAAGGGGCUCGUCCACCUCCUCGUCGUCCAUCACCGGGGAGACGGUGGCCAUGGUCCACUCCCCGCCCCCGACCCGCCUCACCCACCCGCUCAUCCGGCUCGCCUCCCGACCCCAGAAGGAGCAGGCCAGCAUCGAGCGCCUCCCGGACCAGUCCAUGGUGCAGAUCUUCUCCUUCCUGCCCACCAACCAGCUGUGCCGCUGCGCGCGCGUGUGCCGCCGCUGGUACAACCUGGCCUGGGACCCGCGGCUCUGGAGGACUAUCCGCCUGACGGGCGAGACCAUCAACGUGGACCGCGCCCUCAAGGUGCUGACCCGCAGACUCUGCCAGGACACACCCAACGUCUGUCUCAUGCUGGAAACCGUAACUGUCAGUGGCUGCAGGCGGCUCACGGACCGCGGGCUUUACACCAUCGCCCAGUGCUGCCCGGAACUGCGGCGCCUGGAGGUCUCGGGCUGUUACAACAUCUCCAACGAGGCGGUCUUCGACGUCGUGUCCCUGUGCCCCAACCUGGAGCACCUGGAUGUGUCAGGGUGCUCCAAAGUGACCUGCAUCAGCUUGACCCGGGAGGCCUCCAUUAAACUGUCCCCCUUGCACGGCAAACAGAUUUCCAUCCGCUACCUGGACAUGACGGACUGCUUCGUGCUGGAGGACGAGGGCCUGCACACGAUCGCCGCGCACUGCACGCAGCUCACCCACCUGUACCUGCGCCGCUGCGUGCGCCUCACCGACGAGGGCCUGCGCUACCUGAUGGUCUACUGCGCCUCCAUCAAGGAGCUGAGCGUCAGCGACUGCCGCUUCGUCAGCGACUUCGGCCUGCGCGAGAUCGCCAAGCUGGAGUCGCGCCUGCGGUACCUCAGCAUCGCCCACUGCGGCCGCGUCACCGACGUGGGCAUCCGCUACGUGGCCAAGUACUGCGGCAAGCUGCGCUACCUCAACGCCCGGGGCUGCGAGGGCCUCACGGACCACGGCGUGGAGUACCUCGCCAAGAACUGCGCCAAGCUCAAGUCCCUGGACAUCGGCAAGUGCCCGCUGGUGUCCGACACGGGCCUGGAGUGCCUGGCCCUGAACUGCUUCAACCUCAAGCGGCUCAGCCUCAAGUCCUGCGAGAGCAUCACGGGCCAGGGCCUGCAGAUCGUGGCGGCCAACUGCUUCGACCUGCAGAUGCUCAACGUCCAGGACUGCGAGGUGUCCGUGGAGGCCCUGCGCUUCGUGAAGCGCCACUGCAAGCGCUGCGUCAUCGAGCACACCAACCCCGCCUUCUUCUGAGCGCGCUUGGCGCGCGCCACACGGACCCCACGAACCCCUUUCUAGAAAGCAGCGUAUGUAAGCACCGACCGCCGCUCGCUCGUAACGGCUCUUUCUUCCUGGAAGGUUCUUAGGCAUCCGGCUUUUCUUUCUCCCUAUGUCUGGCGGGCCCACAGGGGUCAAGGGAAGGAAGGGGGGAGCGUGGGGGGGGGAGGAGAGCCCGGGGGAGCGGGGGGGAGGGGCACGAAUUUCUGUUGACAGCGAACCGGUUGUGUGGUCGGGUCAUGCCGAGGCAGCGUCUCGUCUCCCGAAAGGUGUGCCUCGGCAAGCUGGCGGCGGAGUGUUGGAGGACGCCUCUUUUCUCUGUCUCUCUGCCCCUGGCCACCUCCCAGGCUUCUACGCGCACCCCCUGCGCCCCCACCUCCACCCCCACCCCGCCCUCGCCAGCAGCAGCCACAAAUCCUCCGAAUAGUGAUGCUCUCCGGACCUCCUCCCCCUUAAACUGCUUCAUUGGCCUAAGCCCUUACCCAUCAAUCCCACACCCAGGCAGAUUCUCGUUAAAGAAUAUACAAAGUGGUAUAUGCAAAGUGCUAACGAUCUUUUUCUGAAGAAUCACUUGUCCAGGCAGCACGGUGCAGGGGAGGGAGAAGGAGUGGGGGCUGCAUUCUUCCCCCCAGCUCUGCCGCUAAAUAGCUGUGUGACCUUGGGCAAACCACUUGACCUCUCUGGGCUUCAGCUUCCAGCACUGAAUCAGAGGCCACCCCUGCCCCAGGAUCCGCUCCCUUCCCAUUUUAGAACUGAGAGGACAGAGAUGUCAAUAAACAGGAGCACCCUGGCCUGGACCGUAGGAGGCAUCCACCUCUAUUGGUUUUGGAGGGUGCUUUCAGGAGAUUCAGAAGUGCCAGCGUGAAUGCCCUAUAGUUCCUUCACUCCAAUCCGAAUGUCACUCCACCCCUGUUUAUUUUGGUGGGUGAGUCUCUUGGGCACCUUCCCUGUCCCCCUAGGUGGAUCGUUUCUGUGACAAGGGCUUCCCACAUGGGUGCACCCCACGCCGUCUUGUGGAGGCGAUGGGAUUCCUACGCACAGCACAGCCCAUAUCCCCAGUCAAGGUGAUCUUGCUGAGUGUUUUCAAAUAGGAGGAAAGACCCUCACGAUUUUUAAUUAACAAGGGAGGCCCAAGAGAACGCACGUCUUCCAAGGUUUUUCCAUUCCCUCUCAGUGCACCUGUGGCAUGCAUCAGGCAGGUCUGCCCGGCAGCUGGCAGGAACAGGCCUGUUGGUUCUUUGUCAUUCGGAUCACAUUUCGACUUUUCUCAUCUAUUUAUUUCUUUGGGCAUCCAGACGUCAUCGCAUGAAGCCUGUUGGGGUUAAGUCAUAAGUGUUUAACGGUGCCGAUUUGCCACCUCGGGUGCCUUCUCCCAUGGCUCUCUAAAUGUUCUCUGUCCAAGAAUGCACAACAGACUUUCGGGUGUUUAAAUACUGUUCACUCAAAAAUGUCAGGCAAAUGGAAGAAGGAACACGUUGAUACAACUCAGGCGCCGGUCCACCAACUAGGCCCUUGGAAUAGAACGUUAAAAUUAUUGGCAAAUAGGAACUUUAAAUGGCCCUAUUUGGAUGGCGAUCCAUUUGCUAGCUUCAUGCGUGUGAGAUCAGGAUGCCAGAAGAAAAGUCUGCUGCUCAUUUUCAUGAAAUGUAGUUGCCUUUGGUUAACCCACACAUGACUUUUCCCAGAUUAUUCUCUAGCCACCACUCUCCUUCAACACUAUUCAAGUACUCAGCCAUUUCUUUCUCAAAGGGUCCAUCGCCCCAACCCAGAACCUCUGCAUCUCCAAGCCAGGUGUAUGGAAUUUGUUUCACAUCGAGCCCACACGCAAGUCAACAGCUGCACUCCCACCGUAGGCUCACUGUGUUUCUUUGUCUUAUGUUGGGAAGGAAAAGAUAGAGUGACGUGGCACCUGCCCAGGGGGUUUCUCUCGUGCGUCAUAUGACAUCACCUCCUCUCCAUUCAACAUCACCAACAACUUAGUGUGCAAUCGAUACUACGUGCCACGGGGGAAAUGAAUUGCUUGGCUGGGAAUAGUAUCCUGGAGAUAGUACAAGGUUUAGAGUCAUGGAUGAGGUUGAAGGUAGCAUUCCCCUGCUCUGUGACUGUCUGAAAUUUCAGAAUUUGAGAGCCAACAAAGGAUUGUCCCUACCCCUUGGCACCGGGGUCUUCCAAGUGGUAUUUUCAUACUCCCAGAAUGAGAAGAGAGAUCCAGAAUGGCUCCCUGAACCAGAGAAUAGGUGUCCCAUUCAAAAUACCUUUAUCACCAUCACCUGACCGCAUCACCUAAACUGUCUUCCAAACAUGAGUCAAAGGUGACCUCUACAUUCAUUGCCCAGCACAUGCUGUCUUUCCCUGUCUCUCCCUUUUCCCCGUCUUCUCUUCAUCCGCUUUGCCUCCGCUUGGGGUGGGAAUCUAUGGCAGAGGUCACUGGGGAAACAGCUCAGCAGAUUUUUGGAGACCAAGCAAAAGGCCUCACUAGGAAAUCUCUCUGUUUUAAAACAUUGCUUCCUUCCUGCCUCUGCGAAAAUGAAUGCUCAUUGUUGUUUUUUUAUUUCUAAUGUUCAAUCACUGCGUGCUGUAUGACUCUAGAAAGCCUUAAUUUACUACCACCAAGAAAUAAAGCAAUAUGUUGGUAA